AUGGCGGCUCCGCAGAGGAUGAGCGGCGACCCGACGCCCGAGGCGCUCCUCGCCGUCCUCGACGCCGCGGGCACCAUCGCCGACUCGCGCCUCAUCGCGCCCGACGUCCAGAUCACCGCCGACCCCACCCCGUCCGAGCAGGACCCCGCCAAGCGCGCAGAGGCCAACGAGAGCAUCUUCAAGGAGCGCGCACGGUGGCAGCUCGCCCUCUCCGACGUGCUCAAGAGCCUGCUCAGCAAAGAGAUGGUCACGUCCGAGAAGCUCGAGGAGCAGACGUCGAGCCCGCUGCCCAACGGCUUCGCGCUGCUGGCGCAGGGUUCGCCCGAGAUCCGGUUGGUCAAGGCGCUACCGGACGAGGAGGGCGUGGGCAAGUCGAUGGCCGAGCUCAAGGAGCUGCUGGGCGCCGACGUGCUGCGCGACGGCCAGUCGAACGCCUUCCGCAACAAGUGGGCCAGGAAGCUGCCGGACGGCACCUUUGGCAGGACCGAGCUGACGCUGGGCAAGGCCGACGGCGAGCUGCGCGACGAGAUCCGCGAGCAGCUCGACGAGGUGCUCAAGACGGGCACCGUCGCCGGCGGCGCCGGCGGCAGCGGCAGCGACGAAAAGAAGCUCGCCGAGCUGCGCAAGCGCAAGCUGGUGGCGACGCGCAAGCUCGUCUACUUUUCCAUUGCCAAGGGCCCGCAGUUUGCGACGACGAUCCAGAAGCUCGAGACGGACCUGAGCUUUGAGAUGCUCCAGUCGGGCUCGUGGAAGACGGCGCCGUUCAAGCGCUACAACUUUGACGCCGAGGGCGCCGUGCCGGCGUCGGGGGCGCUCCACCCGCUGCUCAAGGUGCGCGAGGAGUUCCGCAACAUCUUCUUCGAGAUGGGCUUCACCGAGAUGCCCACCAACCGCUUUGUCGAGUCGAGCUUCUGGUGCUUCGACUCGCUCUUUGUGCCGCAGCAGCACCCGGCGCGCGACGUCCAGGACACCUUCUUUAUCCGCGAUCCGGCCUACGCCGAAGAGAUCCCCGAAGACUACCUGGAGCGCGUGACGCGCGUGCACCAGGAGGGCGGCUUCGGCUCGCUCGGCUACCGCUACCCCUUUGACCGCAAGGUGACGGAGCGCCUCGUGCUGCGCACCCACACGACGGCCGUGUCGUCGGCUAUGCUCUACAAGAUCGCCAACCAGCCGGGCGGAUUCCGGCCCGCCAAGCUCUUUUCCAUCGACCGCGUCUUCCGAAACGAGGCCGUCGAUGCCACCCACCUCGCCGAGUUCCACCAGGUCGAGGGCGUCGUGGCCGACUACAACAUCACCCUCGGCGACCUCAUCGGCUUCAUGGAAAUCUUUUUCAAAAAGAUGGGCGUCACCGACCUGCGCUUCAAGCCGGCCUACAACCCGUACACGGAGCCGUCGCUGGAAAUCUUCAGCUACCACAAGGGCCUCAAGCGCUGGGUCGAGGUGGGAAACAGCGGCAUGUUCCGCCCCGAGAUGCUCCGCCCCAUGGGCCUCCCCGACGGCGUCAACGUCCUCGGAUGGGGACUCAGCCUCGAGCGCCCCACCAUGAUCCGCUACGCCGUCAAGGACAUCCGCGAGCUCGUCGGCCACAAAGUGCCCAUCAGCAGCGUCGAAAAGGCGCCCGCCACACGCUUCUAG